CCUUUGGUCAAGUCCCGUUGGGGUUUAUUUGAAGUUUUGCGACGUUGAAGGCAGAAGAUGUUCCAAUCCCCGUCCACCGAGCCGCUCGCGUCGUCGUCGUUCCCGCCGACGCUCACGCGCGCCCAGAGCUUCCUCGAUGCGCGCGCCGCCUUGGACGAAGGCAAGCGCAACCGCAGCCUCUCGGACCUCCAAGUGCGCGGCGGCGUCUUUCGGCGCGGCCCGAUCGACUACAAUGGCUGCGGCGCCUUCCUCGGCACCGCCGAUGGCCGGAAGCGCGAGAGCCGCUGCGGCAACUGCGGCGACUUUGACCAUAUUACGGUCGACUGCACACUCCUGACGCUGUCGCCCGAUGCGAGCGCGCCACCGCACAGCUACAUCCAGAAGGAGCGCCGUCGGUCCAACUCGCUCCUCGAGAUGUGCAAGGAAGAAAGCGACAAGCUCGCACUCGAGCAAGGCCCGAGCCACACCAAGGUGGAUGCUGACGACCCGCUGGCGAUCGCGUGAAGGCCGCAGCCCUCUUGUUUUAUUUAAUUUCGUAUCCCACAACGGCGCGUCGUCGGUCGCGCUGGGCGUACACUGUAUUGGCCACCGUUUUUUAAAUUAAUCAUCUUUUGC